AUGCUUAUAUCUUGUGUAAAUGCAUAUAAUCUUAGAAAUGCAUUCGAAGAAGCACAAUCUUCAGGUGAAGAUGCGGUUUUGAGACACCGAGCUGACUUAAUUGCAGACUUUGAGACUCUAGAAAAACCGCUUGGGAUGCCACGUGAAGAUAAACGUUACAUAUAUUAUAUAGGCAAAAUAGAUGAUCAAAAUGAGUGGCUAGCCAAAGCUGCAGAAUAUCGAUCAACUCAUAAUGCCUUGCUUGGUGAAGAA